AUAAACACAUAAACACACACGAGGAGAACAGUGAGCAGGCGUUUCUUCGACAGCGUCACCACCCUGCAUGGAGCUCGGUUUCCCGGUUGGUUUUCCAGAGAGUGUCGGCGCUGUGUUCAGAGGGAUUGUGGACUUCAUUUGUGAGUGAGAUAUUGAAAUGGUGUACCCGGUUUUGCAGGACCUCGUGUGGGAGCUGUAGGACGGGAGCAGACCGCUGUCCACUUCACCACACUCAACACCAUGACUGUCGCUCUCACCAUGCUCCUCUUCCUCCUUCACAUCUUCACUGCUUCAGCGCAGGAAUACGCUUCUGAGCCAGUCCUCCCCCGGAUAAACCCACAUUUCACGGGCUGCGUCUCCGCCAAUUUGGAGACUUUCCUCUGCAGAUGGAAUGUCGGCACUUCCAAGAACUUCUCAGAACCGGGAGAUCUCCGCUUGUUCUACAAAAACAAAGAACAGGCUAAAGAGUGGAUGGAGUGUCCUCACUACAGCACGGACACGCCAAACGAGUGCUUUUUCAACCAGAGCCACACAUCCGCCUGGUUAGAUUACCGAGUCCAACUGCGCUCGAGGGAUCAAGACAUCAUGUAUGACGAGAACCGCUUCGAACUUCAAGACAUCGCGCGCCCAGAUCCCCCGGUGGGCCUGAACUGGACUCUGCGAAUUGUGACCGACAAUAACUAUGACGUCAUUCUGAGCUGGAAGCCGCCUCCAUCUGCAGAUAUGGGAUGGAUAACGCUGCAGUACGAGGUCCAGUACCGCAACGCCAUCUCUGACCAGUGGAAAGCGGACGGCCUUUUGAAGAGCACAUAUCACUCUAUUCUCGGGUUUCAAACUAACGGCAAUCAUGAGAUUCGGGUUCGAUGCAAAAUGCUGGCUGGGGAACAGUUUGGGGAGUUCAGCCAGUCUGUAUUUGUACCAUCUGAAGGUUUCCCCCAGGAAAACCCACACCUCACGGGCUGCGUCUCCAACAAUAUGGAGACUUUCCGCUGCAGUUGGAGUGUCGGCACUUCCAGAAGCGUCUCCGAGCCGAGAAACCUGCGCUUAUUCUACAUCACCAAACAACUCCCCCACACUCCUCCUGUGGAGUGGAGGGAGUGUCCUCACUACAGCACAGACAGGCCAAACCAGUGCUUUUUCAACCAGAGCCACACAUCCGUCUGGUUAGAUUACCGAGUCCAACUGCACUCGAGGGAUCAAGACAUCAUAUAUGACGAGAUCCGCUUCGAACUUCAAGACAUCGUGGAGCCGGACCCUCCAGUAGGCCUGAACUGGACUCUGCUAAAUGUGAGUGUGACUGGCACUAGCUUUGACAUCAUGCUGAGCUGGAAUCCUCCUCAAUCCGCCGACGUGAAGAUGGGAUGGAUGACGCUGCAGUACGAGGUUGAGUACCGCAACGCCAUCUCUGACCAGUGGGAAAUGGUCGACCUUGUGAAGAGCACACGUCGCUCCAUUUUUGGGCUUCAAACCAAUGCCAAUCAUGAGAUCCGUGUUCGGUGUAAAAUGCUGGCUGGGAAACUGUUUGGGGAGUUCAGCGAGUCUGUCAUCGUACACGUACCAUCUAAAGUGGUGUCUGGAUUCCCAGUGCUGGCCUUGCUCAUCUUCGGGGCCCUGUGUUUAGUCACCAUCCUGAUGUUGGUUAUCAUCUCCCAGCAAGAAAAGUUGAUGGUUAUUCUUUUGCCUCCUGUUCCUGGACCCAAAAUAAGUGGAAUUGACCCUGAACUACUCAAGAAAGGGAAGCUUAGGGAGCUGAGAUCCAUCCUGGGUGGCUACCCUGAUCUGAGGUCGGAGCUGUACAACAAAGACCCCUGGGUGGAGUUCAUCGAUCUGGACAUCGAGGAGCAGAGCGACAGACUGACGGACCUGGACACAGACUGUCUCAUGGAGCGCUCCCUGACCUCCAACUGCUCCCCCCUCUCCAUCGGCUUCAGAGACGACGACUCGGGCCGGGCCAGCUGCUGCGAUCCGGACCUCCCCUGCGAACCGGAGCCCUCUCCUUUCAUUCCUCUAAUCCCGAAUCUUACCGAAAGCAGAGAUUCAGAACAGACAAGCUCGCACGUCCCAAACCCCAACGCCGGGGAGCAUUGUUUUGCAGCGCCAGGUAGAGAAGCGUUGUACACCCAGGUGAGUGAAGUGAGGUCAUCUGGCAAGGUGCUGCUGUCACCCGAGGACCAGACAGAGGUGGGACAAAGCACGAGUAAAGACAGAGAGAAAGGAAUCUUGUUGGAGAAAAAGAAAGAAAACACAGAGUUGCAGUUCCUGGUGGUGAAUCCAGAUCAUGGAGGCUACACCUCUGAGCUCAAUGCUGGUAAAAGGAGCCCCAGGGUGUCCUCAGGAGACAUGGGUGAACCCUGCCAGAUAGCAGGGUACUCAAGUUCAACCCCAUCCCUGUCGCCUUACCACAAAUCAGAUACCACCACCGUGUGUCCUCUUCCCCCUGCUCCCGUCUACACCGUGGUGGGGUGCGUUAACAGGCAGUACAGCCUCUUACUCACCCCGAACUCGACACCUCCCCCCCAGCUCAUAAUCCCAAAAAUCGUGCCGACACCAGGCGGCUAUCUUACCCCUGAACUUUUGGGAAGCGUAACACCAUAGAUCACCUCUGACAUGUUCAAAGUUUUCAUCUAAAUCAAUGGAAGGCAGAGACAAGCUUGGGAAACGAUUUGCUCUCCCAAGAGUAUUGAAUGUCAGGUGUCCUAAAAUAGUCUGUGGGUUGCUUGUGCUCCUGUCCUGCCUUCACCUCUGACCUCGUGUUGCUUCCUCUGACGGGCUGUAACAGUUUAGUUGGAAGUUUGCUAUGAGGGAGGAAGAGAACAUAACAAUAUGCUUGACUGCCGGUGUGGAAAUGGCAAAGGGAAACUCUAUCCUUUAUUUGCAGUUGUGUUUUGUCCUGUUGAUGAAUGUAAGUCCAAUAUUCACUCACAAAAAAAUAUCUGACUCUUUAAUAGCUAAUUGCUCCACUGUCUUCACCAGAUUUUUUUCAGUGUUUGAUUUUGGCGCUUAGCCCAAACAGAUGUGGAUCUGCAGAGCAACCCAUAGCUGCAUUUUCAAUUGUUUCAAGGGAAGCAACAUAUCUUCAGCGGAUUACAAUCGUAGAUGUUAACAUGCUGUUAACAUUGUGUAUUGAAAAAUUAAUUACGCUACAAAACUGCUUGAGUAAAUUUAGGCAACAUAGUAUUUUUGUUGGGUUAAAAAAAAAAGCAUCAUGGUUUACCUUAAAAUAAGUAUUUGUUCUUGCGUUUUACAUUACGAACGCCAAUUUAAUUAUGUAAACGUCGACUUAAAGUUUCACCAGGGACAUGAACAGUGGUUUCAUGGGUAAAAAUCAUUAGUUAGUUUGACCCAUUUCAACGUCUUUCCUGAGCGGAUUUCCGAAAAAGAAUUGUUAUACAAACGUUCAUAAAUAUGUAAAAAUAUGUUUCAUUUAAAACGGUUUUGACAAUGCAGUUUCGUUGUUGCAGGUUUUGCAAAGUUGAUGGUUGUUUACUUCCCAUUUUUGACAUUAGUGGUAGUAAUUUCAUUCAAUGUUGAUGUAAACAUUUCAUUUUACUUUUAUAUGCUUCGUUCCUAUAAUGUUGUACAUAUCAAAGGCUACUUUGUGAUACAAUACAUUCAGAUGGAAUUACUCUGUGAUAUAUCAUGUGCCAUAUUUUGUGGUUUUUCAUAUUGUUUUCAUUCCUUUCAAUAAAUGCCACAAUUGUAUUAUUUUUAACACUAAAACGUAUUGGGGUUCAAAUAUCAUAUGGUUUCCAACACUUGAACUCCAAAAAAAAAAAAAAAAAGCAAGACCUAUAAAUGUGUAACGCAUCAAAUGAAACAUAUUAUAGGCUAUUAGAUGAUAAUUACUUCAAUGUCAUUACUAUUUAUUUUCCUAACUGUGUUUUAGAGCAGACAGCUAAAAUAGAUUUUGGGUUGUCAGUUGCAAGCUCAAUCAGUAUUUCUUUUUCACUGCAUGGACUAUAAAGGUUUGUAGUUGUUGUCGGGCUGACAGCGCAUUUAAUGCAAAUGAUAAAUUAGGGUUACAUGGUCAUCAGUGUAACAUUUGUAUAGUUAUUGUAUUUUAACUGUUCAACGUGUUACAAAUAAACAACUUUAUACUUUU